UGAUCUAGCCCACAGAACCUGAUUGCCCAGUCUCAGUCAGGUACUGGUAAAACAGCUGCCUUCGUCCUGGCCAUGCUCAGCCGAGUGGAACCAGCAGAGAGAUACCCCCAGUGUUUGUGCCUUUCCCCAACAUACGAGCUGGCUCUUCAAACGGGAAAAGUGAUUGAGCAGAUGGGCAAAUUUCAUCCAGAACUAAAGCUUGCUUAUGCUGUUCGAGGCAAUAAAUUGGAAAGAGGUCAGAAGAUCAGUGAGCACAUUGUCAUUGGCACCCCUGGGACUGUUCUGGACUGGUGCGCCAAGCUCAAGUUCAUUGACCCCAAGAAGAUCAAGGUGUUUGUUCUGGAUGAGGCUGACGUGAUGAUAGCUACUCAGGGGCACCAAGAUCAGAGCAUCCGCAUCCAGAGGAUGCUGCCCCGGAACUGCCAGAUGCUGCUUUUCUCUGCCACCUUUGAAGACUCCGUAUGGAAGUUUGCCCAGAAAGUGGUCCCAGACCCAAACAUUAUCAAACUGAAGCGCGAGGAGGAGACAUUGGACACCAUCAAGCAGUAUUAUGUCCUGUGCAAUAACAGAGAUGAGAAGUUCCAGGCCUUGUGUAACCUCUACGGGGCCAUCACCAUUGCUCAGGCCAUGAUCUUCUGCCAUGUGAGUAGCAGUGGAGGCCCUGCCAGGGGAGGAGCUGCACUGGAGGGGGUGCCUGCCCCUCCUUUCAGCCCGCUCCUCUUCAGUGCUGAGGAGGACCAGGUGCCCUGUGUGGCCAGAAAGGAAUGGUUUGUGAAGAUGCAACAUAGUUUCAUCUUAGUAUCCUGAGGUAUAAGUGGCUUCAAAAUUGAGUCCCUAG